CAGGUCAACCCGUUUGUGCUCUAGGCAUAUGUUUUUAAGCUCCUACAUCGCUUUCUUUCUGCAAAGCUCAACUCCUUUUUAGCUCUCAUGCCAGAAAUACUCAUCUCUCUCUGGGUUUUCCUUCUACUCCUAUGUCCAGUAAAGCCUCAAGACGAUGCUAGACCCUUGUUGGACGAGUUCAGCGGCGGGUUCAGCGCUGCAGGCAACAACUUGAGCUUAGACGGCGUUGCAGCGGUUGAGAACAAUGGCGUACUAAGGCUAACAGACUACUCCUCGACCAUUGCUUCCGGCCACGCCUUUUAUUCACACCCAAUCCAAUUCAAGAACUCCAGCGGCGAAGUGAUGUCCUUCUCCACCUCGUUCGCUUUCGUUAUAAUCCCCCAGCCUGGGAAACAAGGCGGCGAUGGCCUCGCCUUCGCAAUCUCUCCCGUACAAGGGAUUCCAGGGGGUUAUCCAGGCUCUUAUAUUGGCCUCUUCAACGCCAGCAAUAAUGGUAACUUCUCGAACCACAUAUUAGCGGUCGAAUUCGACACUUACAUGAACACCGAGUACGGUGAAACCGGUUACAACCAUGUUGCCGUCGACAUCAAUAGCAUAAUAUCGACCAAAUCUGUUCCGGUUCCCUUUAAUUUGACGAGUGGUCAGGUAAUUCAGGCAUGGAUCGAUUAUAAUUCGCCAACAAGCCAAUUAAAUGUCAGGCUUGCGACGAACUCUACCAAACCCAGUUCUAUACUUUUGUCCUCUACAGUGAACCUCUCACAAAUUCUUAAUGAAUCUAUGUACAUCGGAUUUUCUGCUGCUACUGGUUUAAUCGCGAGCUCGCAUUAUAUCCUGGGUUGGAGCUUCAACAUGAAUGGAGACGCUAAAUCUCUCAAUUUAGAUCAACUUACUAAGCCCCAGCUUCCCAGUACUGCCACUGGGACCAAAAAGAAUCGUACAGGCCUAAUUGUUGGCGUCUCAGUUUCAGGUGCUUUGGCUGUCAUUUUGCUUGCUGCUUUGACUUUUUACAUCAUGAGGAGGAAAAAGAAGGCUGAUGUGGUUGAGGACUGGGAGCAUGAUAUUGGUCCGCAUAGAUUUUCUUACGAGGAGCUGAAGAAAGCAACAAGGGGUUUCAAAGAGAAAGAGCUACUUGGAUCUGGUGGGUUCGGUCGAGUUUACAGAGGAACUCUGCCAAACUCAGACACCCAAGUUGCUGUCAAGCGUGUUUCCCCUGAUUCAAAACAAGGUUUGCAAGAAUUCGUGACGGAGGUUGCUAGUAUUGGCCGUCUUCGUCAUAGAAAUUUGGUUCAAUUGUUGGGUUGGUGUCGCCGGCAAGGUGAUCUACUACUUGUGUAUGAUUUCAUGCCGAAUGGAAGCUUGGACAAGUACCUGUUUAACGAUCAGCCUAAAACAAUCCUGAGCUGGGAGCAAAGGUUCAGGAUCAUCAAAGGUGUGGCUUCAGGGCUUUUAUAUUUGCAUGAGGAGUGGGAACAAACUGUAGUUCACAGAGACAUCAAGGCAGCAAAUGUGUUAUUGGAUUCGGAGUUUAAUGGAAGGCUGAGUGAUUUUGGCCUUGCUAAGCUAUACGAGCACGGCUCCAACGCAAACACCACCAGGGUGGUGGGCACGCUGGGUUAUUUGGCGCCUGAGCUGUGUCGCACAGGCAAGCCUACAACAAGCUCUGAUGUGUAUGCCUUUGGCGCUUUGCUACUGGAAGUGGUAUGCGGUAGAAGACCGGUGGAUCCUAAAGCAUCGCUUGAGAAUAUCAUUCUGGUGGACUUGGUGUGGGAGAAAUGGAGGGUAGGAGAAAUUCUUGACGUUGUUGACCAAAUGUUGGAGGGAAAGUUUAAUCAGGUUGAGGCCGUUUUGGUGUUCAAACUGGGCUUGAUGUGUUCAAACGAUUCACCUGAGGCACGCCCCACGAUGAGACAGGUGGUGAGGUACCUGGAAGGCGAGUUGGAGCUGCAGGAGGAGGUGGCGGUGCCAUAUGGGAAAAGAAGUGCUACUGCUGAGGAUUAUGUACACUUUUAUCCUAGUACUACUACGUCGUAUGAUCCUGAAGCUGGUUUAAGCUUGCCAUUUUCAACUUUGAGUUCCAAAGGUGAAGGUAGGUAGGCAAUUAGCUAGGCAUUAUUUUGGAUGUUCAGGUUUCCUUUUUAUUUAACUAGCUAGGCUUUGAAUUUUAACUUUCGCUAAAUGGUCACUGUUGUACCUUUUAUCUGGACGUAAAUAAAUUAAUUACCAUCUUGGGACAUGAUUGGGGUACAACCUCGUCACAACUUUGACACAACCCUCACUCACAAUGGAGUGGGGCCCAAGUGUGUGGGCCCCACCCCAUUGUGAGUGAGUUAUGUUGAAGUUGUACAAAAAAGUUGUACAUUUAGCAUUUCCCGCGAGCAAUAGGCUACACGUUUUGUUCA